GAAGACUCGUGUGUUGUUCCUGUUGCGGUGUGUCGUUAGCUUCUCUUUGCGCUGCAUUUUUAGCACAUCGCAAUAAUGUCUAUCGAAAUAGAGUCAGCGGACGUGAUCCGUCUGAUCAUGCAGUACCUGAAGGAAAAUAACUUGCAAAAGACUUUGGUGACACUACAGGAGGAGACAACAGUGUCCCUUAACACGGUGGACAGUAUUGAGAGUUUUGUUGCUGAUAUCAAUAGUGGUCAUUGGGAUACUGUCCUUCAGGCUAUACAGUCUCUCAAACUCCCUGACAAGACCCUGAUCGACCUUUAUGAACAGGUUGUGCUCGAGCUGAUCGAACUCAGAGAGCUGGGAGCUGCCAGAUCUUUAUUAAGGCAGACGGACCCCAUGAUCAUGCUGAAACAAACCCAGCCUGAGCGAUACAUCCACCUGGAGAAUCUUCUGGCUCGCUCGUAUUUUGACCCGAGAGAGGCUUAUCCUGAUGGCAGCAGUAAAGAGAAGCGUAGAGCUGCCAUUGCUCAGGCUCUGGCUGGUGAGGUCAGUGUGGUACCACCCUCACGUCUGAUGGCUCUGCUUGGACAGGUGAGCAAAAUAUUCCUUUCCACACGUUAUGAGCCAUCUCGAUUGCUUCAGUCAUUUGGUUUUAUUGUAAUUGUGUGUUUCUCUCUGAAGUCUCUGAAGUGGCAGCAGCACCAGGGUCUCCUGCCUCCCGGUAUGACCAUCGAUUUGUUCCGAGGUAAAGCAGCCGUGAAAGAUGUCGAGGACGAGCGUUUCCCCACACAGCUGUGCAGACACAUCAAGUUUGGUCAGAAGUCUCACGUGGAGUGCUCACGCUUUUCUCCUGAUGGUCAGUAUCUGGUCACUGGAUCUGUGGACGGAUUCAUUGAGGUGUGGAAUUUCACCACUGGAAAAAUCAGAAAGGAUCUGAAGUACCAGGCACAAGAUAACUUCAUGAUGAUGGAUGACGCUGUGCUCUGCAUGUCCUUCAGUCGAGAUACUGAGAUGUUGGCCACAGGAGCUCAGGACGGAAAAAUGAAGGUGUGGAAGAUCCAAAGUGGCCAAUGUUUGCGGCGCUAUGAGCGGGCUCACAGUAAAGGUGUCACCUGUCUCAGCUUCAGUAAAGACAGCACACAGAUACUCUCUGCCUCCUUUGAUCAGACCAUCAGGAUUCAUGGGCUGAAAUCAGGCAAGUGUUUGAAAGAGUUCAGAGGUCAUUCUUCAUUUGUGAAUGAAGCCACGUUAACUCCUGACGGACAUCAUGUGAUCAGCGCCUCUUCUGACGGAACUGUGAAGAUCUGGAAUGUAAAGACCACAGAAUGCACCAGCACGUUUAAGUCUCUGGGUACCUCUGCUGGAACAGACAUCACAGUCAACAACGUCAUCCUGCUCCCUAAAAACCCUGAGCAUUUCGUAGUUUGUAACCGCUCUAACACUAUGGUCAUCAUGAACAUGCAGGGCCAGAUUGUGAGAAGUUUCAGCUCUGGUAAAAGAGAAGGCGGUGAUUUCGUGUGCUGUACUCUGUCCCCGCGAGGCGAGUGGAUCUACUGUGUAGGAGAGGACUUUGUGUUAUAUUGUUUCAGCACAGCCACAGGCAAACUAGAGAGAACCUUGACCGUUCAUGAGAAGGAUGUCAUCGGGAUCGCCCAUCACCCACAUCAGAAUUUAAUUGCCACAUACAGUGAGGAUGGAUUGCUUAAACUCUGGAAACCAUAAUGUCAUGUGCCUACUGCAUGAUUCGUUGGAGAUGAUAGAAAAGUGGGAUUAGGAUUUCUUGCCUUUUUUAGUCCCUUUUUGUACAUACCUGUUUUUUAAGUACAGUCAUUUUUUUUUUACAAAUUGUCAAAAUUUAAAGAAAAUUUGAUUUGUGAAGCAUCUGUAACUUAUGGAAACAAAAGUUUGUCUUUCAGUCUGGUAUCAUUUUUUUUCUCAUUCCUUUAAAUUGAAUCUCACCUUUGCAAUUAAAAGUUGAUUAGACUUUGUCUUUGUUGUGUAUUGUGUGUGUUUAACGGGAUAGUUGACACAGAAAUAAAAUUGUCAUUCCCCCC